UCUUCCUAAAUCCCAUCUCUCCCUCCCUCCCCGCUUCUUGGGCAAUCUCGCAGCCCUAAAAGCGGUUACACAGACGGCAUUGGACAACACUGGCUUUCUGCAAUGGACUCCAUUGUCAAGCGACAGCCUGACGAGUUCCUACGGACGCAGAACGACCGGAUGCCGAUCAUCACGCCGACAUACAUCAGCAGCGACGACGGCGACGAGGAAGAAGACAGUGGAUGCAGCGGCGGCGCCUCCGACGACGGCGGCCAGUGCAUUCGAGCCACGGCGAUUGACGCUCUCGCGAGCGCUUCGAAGGGCCAGAAGACGAGGAGCCUGAAGGAGAUAGACCGUGACUUGGCGUUGAAGAAACCGAAGCUUGCCGAGGAAGUCGUCCACGUCGCGGUUCCCGUCAGUUUCCUUGCUCCGCUGCCGCCGUGCUCGCCCGUGGAGGUUGUUGACGGUGACCGGGCAGUUCAGGCUCGUGCCACCCGCAGGCAGUUCUGGAAGGCUGGGCAUUACGAGGGGGAAGGCAAUCGCGACGUUCUUGCGUCUCAGGAUGAUGCGCAUCCUGUCAUGGAUCGUGUCAGAGUCCAUCCCAAGUUUCUCCGUUCUAAUGCAACCAGCCAUAAAUGGGCUCUAGGAGCUUUUGCGGAGCUUCUUGACAACGCUCUAGAUGAGGUUUGCAAUGGAGGCCCUUAUGUUCACAUUGAUUUGUUAGAAAAUAAAAGGAAGAAUUCCUUAGUCUUGGUGAUUGAAGAUAAUGGUGGAGGGAUGACUGCUGACAAAAUGAGGCAGUGCAUAUCUCUUGGAUAUUCUGCCAAAAGCAAAGCUGCAAACACGAUUAGUCAAUAUGGAAAUGGGUUCAAGACGAGUACCAUGAGGCUGGGAGCAGAUGUGAUUGUAUUCUCACGGAGUGGGAAAUUAGGAGCAAUGAGUGCAUCACGAAGCAUUGGAAUGUUGUCCUACACAUUUCUAAGGGCAACAGGGAAGGAAGAUAUAAUUGUUCCUAUUGUUGAUUACAAGAAAAAGGGACAAGAAUGGAGCAAGAUAAUCGGAUCUUCUAUGGAUGAUUGGAAUAGAAACUUUGGAACCAUUUUGCAUUGGUCGCCAUUCGAAAGUGAGGAAGAACUUCUUCAGCAGUUCAAUUUGUUACAAAAUCAAGGUACACGAAUAAUGAUAUAUAAUCUCUGGGAAGAUGAUGAUGGAAAGCUGGAACUCAAUUUUGAUACCGAUCCCCAUGAUAUUCAAAUCAGGGGAGUAAAUCGGGAAGAGAAGAAAAUAAAGAUGGCUAAACGGUUUCCGAACUCGAGACAUUUUCUGACUUUUCGACAUUCGUUGAGGAGUUAUGCAUCAAUCCUCUAUCUCAGGCUGCCACCUGAUUUCAGGAUUAUUUUGCAUGGGAAAGAUGUUAAACACCACAACCUGGUGAAUGACAUGAUGCUGAGCCAGAAGAUAACAUACAAGCCUUUAAAUGUUGCGGAGAGUGCGUCCAAUGAUUCAACUAUGGUUGCGAAUGUGACCAUUGGGUUUGUGAAGGAUGCUUCCUUUCACGUUGAUGUUCAAGGUUUCAAUGUUUACCAUAAGAAUCGACUUAUUAAAACCUUCUGGAGGGUUUGGAAUGCUUCUGGAAGUGAUGGCCGCGGGGUUAUAGGUGUAUUGGAGGCAAACUUCAUUGAACCUGCUCAUGACAAACAAGACUUUGAGCGCACAAUAGUGCUUUCGAGACUUGAGGCGCGCCUGGUGGCGAUGCAGAGAAAUUACUGGAAUAAAAAUUGCCAUCAUGUUGGUUAUGCAGCAAGGCAACCAUCAAAGAAACCAGUUUCUUUCCAAAUGGAAGGCUCUAGUAAAAGUAAAUCAUGUUCCUCGUCAGUAGGGAAGGGGAAUGGAGUAAUCAGUCCAUGUUCUAGGUCGAAGCUGAAUGCGAAGCAGCAGGAGGCAUCUACGGAUUUGGAUGAAUCAAGUGAGGAUAGAAGUUCUAACGGGGCUUGCCCAGCUAACGUUCAUGGCCAACAAGCUACGGCAUGUAACUUCAAAAUUGGUCCCUUGGGAAGAGCUUCAUGAACGACGGACGGUAUCAGAAACAGCAAUGCUCAUGUUUCUGCUUGCCAAACAGACAUGUUAGUCAGGAUGAAAGAAGAGAACCGCGAUUUAAGGCAAAGAUUGAAAGAAAGAAUGGGAUUGGAUGCAAUCGAUCUACUGCACCAGUUGCAGGUGGAGAGAGACAGACGCAAAUCACUUGAAACAAGACUUAAGGAAGGAGAAGAAAAGAUAGAAGAGGUAGACAAGGAGCGAACGGCACUAAUUAGCAUCCUCGUGAAAGAAAGGAUCCAAGGAGAACGGGUUGAGGACGAGCGCAGGGAGGAAUUGACAGGUGCAUCUAGUACGAUUGAUGAACUGCUUCAUAGGAUAAGGCGGUUAGAAGACGUGAAGAGCUUAAAUGCCAAAGUCGAACGCUGAAGCGCAGAUUACAGGC